AUGGCGGUCUAUCAAGAAUCUUCUUCAGGAGCCCUUAGAAGAAUAGGUCUUGCAGGAAAGUUAUCCCAUCUUUCCAAAGGAGAUGGCCGGAAACUCAAAGGUGCUAUCCAGCGAAGUACAGAAACUGGACUUGCUGUUGAAAUGCCAAGUCGAACUAUCCGGCAAGCCAGUCACGAAUCCAUUGAGGACAGUAUGAACAGCUAUGGAUCAGAAGGAAACUUGAAUUUCAAUGGAGUUCAUCUGGCAUCCACUGGGCAGUUCAGUGAUUUCUUGGGCAGCAUGGGACCAGCACAGUUUGUGGGUCGCCAGACCUUGGCCACUACCUCCAUGG